ACGAUGCUUCUGAUGCAUUGAGUAGUUGGUUUAUUUUCCAUGCGAUAGGGAUCUAUCCAGUAGCGGGCCAAGACAUUUACUUAAUAAACUCUCCACAAUUUUCAAAUAUAACAAUUCAAAUGUCACCAACAACUCAGUUCAUAAUUAAAGCCUCAAAUUUUGCUCCUAGAAAUAUAUAUAUUCGGAGUGUAAAACUUAAUGGUAAAGAUUGGAAGAUGAGCUGGUUUAGACAUAAAGAUAUUGAAAAUGGCGGAACGCUUGAAUUAGAAAUGGCAAGUGAGAUAAGUAUGGAAUGGCCCAAUGGUUGGAAUGAUAUAAAUAAUGUAAAUCAGAAUAGUAAUAGUGACGAUUGGAAAUUUGUACCCCCAACUAAUCCUGAUGAUAAAUAUGUGUAUUGA